AUGUCUACCCCUAGCUCCAACCCCUUCGCCGACUCCUCCAACCCCGACCCUGGCCAGCUCCGCGCCGUCGCCAUCACCGACCAUGUCCCCGUCAAGCUGUCCACCACCGCCGCCAACCACCUCGCCUGGAAGACGUACUUCUACCUCCUCUUCCGCGAGUACAACCUGCGCGACCACAUCGACGGCACCGCCGACCUCCUCGCCUGCGACUCCGACUGGUUGGCCAUCGACGCCACCAUCAUCCGCUGGCUCUUCCUCACCGUUUCGCCGGACAUCUUCAAGAUCGUCGUUCGGGAGGGCGAUGAUGCCCGCACGGUGUGGGGAAAGAUCAAUGGUCUCUUCACCAAUAACAAGCUCCAACGUGUUGUCUUUUUGCAGCAGGAAUUCUUCGGCACACCCCAGGGCGAUCAAGCCUUGGACGCCUACUGCCUGCACCUCAAGGCCAUCUCCGACGAGCUCCAGGACCUUGGGUUCCGGAUUGGCGACGAGCUCCUCCUCUCCACCCUCACCGCCGGCCUCAACGAGGACCUCGGCAACGCCGCCUCCAACCUCACCCUCAUGACGAACCCUACGUUCAAGCGGGCGGUCGACUACCUCAGGCUGGAGGAACGGCGGCUGAAGGGUGUGCGCACCCGGGCGGUUCACACCGCUCUAUGGGAUAGCGGCAACAACGUCCUUCCUCAUGGCGGAGGAGCUCCACCGGCGCCCACCCACGCCCCUCCACACCCUGCGCCUCCACCGCACCAACACCAAGGAGGAGGGGGCGGUGGCCGUGGCCGUCGCCGUGGCCGUGGUGGUGGCCGUGGCGGUGGCAACAACGGCGGCCCCGGCAUCGUUGGUCCUCGCCCCGGGUACUCGCACCCCACUCCGCCGUGGGCGGGCGGACACAACCCCUGUACGGGGGUCGUGCACUCCUACACCAUGCCUGUUCCGCGCCCCCCCGUCCCCGGCACCGUCAGCCCCCGUCCGCCGACGCACCAGGCCUUCAUCGCCGCGCCACCGCAGGCUCCCGCCGGCCCGCCCUACGCCCCCGUCUACGGCGGCAUGAUGCCGCAGACCCCGACGGCCCACUGGGACCCCGCGCUGUACACCGCCCUUCAGUACGCCCCCUCGCCGGGUGCUUAG